UUAAUCACGUGAUUCGAGUCUUGUGACAGUGCGGUGAGCAGGAAAAAACGUCGUUUGAGUUUGAUAAGGAGUUUCCGUCGUUAACUAAUCCAGGUUUCUCUCAUAAACGAGAGAAAUCAAGAAAAGUUCGCUAUGGCGCAUCUUUAGGACAUUUGACCGUCUUAAUAACAUUCCUGUCCCUCACACAGACCCUGUAAGAGCGGGUUGAAGUCGCAUGGGGAGAGCGGAGGAACUUUCAUCUGAUCUUUGUUUUGGUUUUUGUUUGUGUUAGUCCAGUGAUCAUCCACGUUAAAGCAGCUCGAGAAGAUUUCAUGUUAGUUUGGUGAAGUGGACAGGACGCCUCAGACUGAAUAUGGAUACUAAACCUCUUCUCCAGGACAGACCUCCAGCGUACAACACAGUCCCGGCCGCGUACGACUACGGCUCGAUCCCCGUGGCCGCUGCACCCGCCGCCGGCUUCCAGCCUCCAGCUCCGCCGCCUUACCAAGGUUACCCAGCUGCCAUGUCAGGUUAUCCAGCUGCCACGUCAGGUUAUCCAGCACCGCCUAUCGCCGUAGCCACCCAGCCAGCCUACACCAACACCUACACCAUCGUCCAGCCCUCUGUGGUGGUGGUGGGGGGAUGUCCGGCCUGCAGGGUCGGCGUGCUGGAGGAUGAUUUCACCUGUCUGGGAAUCAUGUGUGCCAUAUUCUUCUUUCCUCUGGGAAUUCUCUUCUGCCUGGCCCUGCGUCAGAGGAGAUGUCCAAACUGUGGAGCCACUUUCGGCUAGAGGGACCAAACCCCGUCUGCAUCUUUUUAAAUCAGUUUUAAGCAUCAGCAUAGUUUAUUCCUAAUCAACUGCACAUCAAUGCCAAAUGUCGCUUACGUAACUACGAUAAAUGACAGAUCACAAUAGUAACCAGCCACAAACUCUUUGAUUACUAUAAGAAGGUGCAUGUGACGGGCCGGCCAUGUUUUUAGCUUUUACAUGCCUCGCAAGCACUAUUUGCUGUUUUUUUUUGGCUCUUUAUAUGAAAUCUUAAAGCCAGUCUCCAGUCAUCUAAUCACUAGUGCCUUUAUGAUGGCAGAGAAACCAUGAACUGAACGAGCCGGGACUCACUGAGGGUAAAUCCCACACGACUCUGGACAAAUGCCGACUCACUUUGAGUAACAUUGUGUGUUGUGUAAAUGAAACAUUUGAUUCACUUCCCUCAUGUAUUUUCACUUCCGUCACACGUUUGCUCUUGCGUCUAGAAAUAAGCAUCGCUGUUGUUUCUUUUUUGUUGACUAUAAUAUGCUCCCUGAUCAGUCACAUCUUAGUUAAGAUCAAAAAGUAUCUUCUGUAUUAAUUUUUUUCUGUGCUUGAUUUAAAAACACAAUAUGUUAUUUGUAUAUCUUGGAUUUCUGAAUCAGUUCUAGACCAUAUUCUUUCUCAAUAGGGUUUGUUAUUUUGGGGUCCAUGUUUUCGUCGUACUGCACUGAUGAUUAAUGGUAUAUGUGCUGGGUUUUCUGAAAGCGUCUUAGGGUAAAUAUGCAGUUAUGUUUCACUCGCUGGACCUCAGCCAUCUCCAGGUUAAACUAAAAACCUGCAAUAAACAAGGGAAGUUGGCAUCUAGACAAUGUAAUAUGUCACUCAAGGACGUGUAGUUACUCUUUGACAAUGGAAUUGUUUUUUUUUUCCUCCAGUGACCGACAAUCAAUCUCGGACGGGUCUGGUGUGAUUUUAUUCUUGAUGUGCUCUUACCAUACUCUAAGCACGCCGUUAUGAUUAUAGUUAGAACUUUUCUACAUUUAAGAGAGAUUGUAAAUAAAUUCUAAAUUGCUUUUUGUGUUGCUUGUUUGUAUUGGACGUUCUAGAAAUGUCAGUGCAUUAGAACAUUUUGAACUUCCUCACCAGUGAAACUUCUCAAACUUCCUCAUCAAACUUAUCUGACCUUAUCGAUGACAAAUUUAUUUGCAUUUUUCACUUGAUCAAAUGUGACAAUAAACAUUUAUAAUGUUACAAAAGAUUUCUAUUUCAAAUAAACUCUGUUCUUCAUUCAUA